GAAGCGUAAGCUGAGGUGAGCCACUCCCGAGGGACCAGCAGCAAUGAAGUUUCUUCUGUUGAUCCUGGUCCUACCAGUCGCUGCAUCUGGACCUCUUCACCACCACGAUGAAAGAAAAACAAAAAGUUUUACAGAAUUUGCUAGAAACUAUUUGAUAAAAUUUUACCACUUGAAUGACACAGACAGCAAUCCAGUGAAAAUGAUGAAAUUACGUACAAACAUUCUAGAAGAAAAAAUCCAGGAAAUGCAGGAGUUCUUUGGGCUGGAAGUGACCGGGCAACUGGACAGACGUACCCUGCAGGUGAUGCGCGCUCCUCGAUGCGGAGUGCCCGACGUGCAGGCGUUCAGCACGCUGGGGGGGCAGGCGUGGAAGAGCCACGUUAUCACCUACAGAAUCAAUAAUUACACCCCCGACAUGAGGCGUCAAGACGUGGAUGCCGCCAUUCAAAAAGCUUUUCAAGUGUGGAGUGAUGUGACCCCGCUGAAAUUCAGAAAGGUUAACGUGGGCGAGGCUGACAUCAUGAUAUUUUUUGCUUAUGGAGAUCAUGGUGACUUCAAUCCUUUUGAUGGCAAAGAUGGGACCUUAGCUCAUGCUUUUGCACCUGGGUUUGGUCGUGGAGGAGAUGCACAUUUUGAUGAGGCGGAAACCUGGAGCCCAGACUUCAGAGGAAGAAACUUGUUCCUCGUUGCCGUUCAUGAGCUUGGCCACUCUCUGGGACUUGGCCAUUCUAGCGAUCGAAGGGCCAUAAUGUUCCCCAACUAUGGCUAUCUUGACCCCAAAACGUUCCGCCUCUCUGCCGACGACAUCCAUGGCAUUCAAUCCCUCUAUGGGGGUCCAGCAAAGCCCCAACCAGUGCCACACCCUGAUAGCAUGGCACCACCUGCCUGUGACCCCAACUUGAGUUUUGAUGCUGUCACUAAAAUGGGAAAGAAAAUAUUUUUCUUUAAAGACCGGUUCUUCUGGUGGAAGCCUCUUGAGGAGCCGAAAGUCGGAGUGAGCUCAGUGUCUUCCUUAUGGCCAACCUUGCCACAUGGCAUUCAAGCCGCCUAUGAAAUUGAAGCCAGAAACCAAGUUUAUCUUUUUAAAGAUGAUAAGUACUGGUUACUUAGUGACUUAAGACCACAGCCGAACUAUCCCAGCAGCAUACACUCUCUGGGCCUCCCCCGGCAUGUGAAGAAACUGGACGCAGCCCUCUUCAACCCAUUGUACUCUAAGACUUACUUCUUUGUAGAUGAGCAGUACUGGAGGUAUGAUGAAAGGAGAAAGUCCAUGGACCCCGGUUAUCCUCAACUGAUUGGCAGGAAGUUCCUAGGCGUCGGGCCCAAAAUUGAUGCAGCCUUCUACUUCAAAGGACACUAUUACUUCUUCCAAGGAUCUAACCAACUUGAAUAUGAUGUCCAGUUACAUCGUGUCACCAGAAGGCUGAGAAGUAAUAGCUGGCUUGGUUGUUAGGAAGAGUGUGUUUAAUGGUGUUUGUCAAUCCAGUUUAAUAAAUAUUUAUUUCAUACAUGCUAUGUGCUCAGAGUACCUCUACAUGUUGACAUGUAUCAUAAAAUAAGUAAAAACCUACAGGCCACAGAUACAAAAUUGUGUAGCAAAAUGAUUACACAAAUGUAGACCCUUACUGUCAGUUUUUUCUGGAUCCUAGUCAGUUUGAACAUAGGCCAACAUUAUGCCAUUAAAAGUCAAGAGCGCACCUUUUGGAGGCUGCCGUGUAGGUUGGUCUCUAACAUCUUUAAACUGACAAGUUAGAAUCUUUUUCUCUGCCGUAGCUAAAACUAAACAUAUUAUUUUACUCAAAUAA